AAUACGGGAAAUUUGAGAAAAGAACAAAAUUUCACAAUUUUAUUUACAGAAUAAAAUGGAUACACAAGUCGUAGAAGGAAAGAAUUCUAGCCCUUUCAAAUCAAACAAAAGGAUCAAAGUUGCGGGAGGUAAAGUAGACAGAUUUGGUAACGCAAUGAGAACAGGAGUUAGCGACUUUUUGGACCAGCAAAAGAGGAAAGCACAAGAGUUUGCUGCCAAGCCAACUUCAAUUAAUCCCUUUGCUACCAUAAGUUCUGGGAAUGGAUCUAGUGAUGCUGACACUGCACCUUCCCCAACAAAAAAGAUUUCUAUUGAAAGAAGACAUACUGAUAACUAUGGGAGGUCUUCAGAUAUAGAACACGAUCAGGCUUUGGAGCUAACUCCCUGCAGAUGGAAUCGUACUGGAUGGAAGUAUGCUACCAGAGAUUCUGACUACUUCAACCAUUUGAACAAAUCACAAAACAAUUUAGGGGUUUCUCACAACACUCUGAAUGACACAAGGAAAAGAGAGAGUUAUUUAAAAACUCAAUAUAUGAAGAACUUUAAACCUGCUGACAACAAAGCUCUAGAAAAUGUUCAGAAGGGAAUUCCAAAUCUUGCAAAUUACUUAUCAGAGUGCUAUCCUAUCUUCUCUGGUGGAAAGCAAGCUGCCAAAAAUUACCAAAGAGGGUCUCAUAAUUCUCAGUAUCGGAGAAACCAGUCCCUAAAUAUCCAUGACAGAGGACGUGAGGAAGAUGCGAAUCAUCCAAAUAGCAAAAGAUACCAUUCAAAAGACAAUCGUUUUGCAAAUCAGGUUGUAAGAACUCAUAAAAACGCUAGAAGAGUGAUGCACAGAAGAGGACAUAGCAAGGACCAUAUCUACAAAGCAACUUCAAAUGCCCAGAAGUUUCUAAGAGAAAGGAACAUUCCUAUCGAGGGAGGGAUCAAUUCUAAUCCUUCUCAAAUUUUAAAGUUAUUAAGAUUGGAAAAAGAGAAAUUGAGAAAGACACUGACUGAUAUUAAGCACAAUUCUUUGAAGAAGUCCAAGCCAUCCCCUGCCCAGAUGAACCAGACAGUCUCUACCUUUGCUGACUAUAAUAUUCCUAAGAGGCAGUUUGACGGCAACAGAACUUUUUAUAGCGAAGCCUCUAGCCACAACCCAGGACUUUCUACGCUUGGAGGAGCAAUGACGAACUACGAAAACACUGUCUCCCCCGAAGAAACAUUCGUUUGGGGUGGAAAUGUUAUUUCCAAUAAGCACAACUACAACUUCAACAGAAAGAGGACCUUCCAAUCUGAAUGGCAAAGUGCUGCUAACAACAGCGGAGUCUUCAUGAACAAAUAAGAUCGCAUAUUAAG